CUCUGGCUCAGCCACCCCUCCUUCCUUCUUCAGUCCUCAGCUGUUUUUUCAUCAUCAUAUUCUUCUUCUCCUGCAAAAAGAUUGCAAUCAGUGCAUUGCAGUUUAAUAAUCUAAUGGCUGUAAAUAUUGCAUUUUAUGAUUUUGAAGAUGAUGACUUCAUAGACAUGGAGCUGAGUUCAUCUGCCACACCAAAAUUCUAUUACUCAUCAUCCUCAAACUCUUCGCCACCGAGCAGAGAGUUUGAGUUCCAAAUGUGCUUCACUUGCAGUGAUAGAGAGGCCAUCAGUUCCCCAGCUGAUGACCUUUUUUACCAGGGCAGACUCCUGCCACUUUACCUUCCCCCGCCACUGCAGAUGGUCAAGAACGUUUUCCAUAGCACGACCACCACCGCUGCUGCAACAAGGUUUGAUGUUAUUGCCGACGAAGAAUUUGAGGAUGAUGAUGAUGAUGACUGCUAUUCAAUGCCAUUCACAGAGCCAUGCAUCAACGUGGCCAACACUCCCUUAGAGCCUGCCAGUAUUUCCCUGUCGGAAUCGUGCAGGAUGAGCUGUGACCUUAGCCUUGAUGAUUACUAUCUUGAAUGGCCUGUUGAAUCAGGCAGCUUCAUAAAAAAUCAGCCAUCAAAGAAUAGAAUCUGGACAAACAAGCUCAAGAUAAUUAAACCUUCCAUUCUUGGUGAGAAGCUGAGGGCUUCAAGGGCUUACCUGAAAUCCUUGUUUGGCAAGUCUGGCUGUUCUGAAAAGUCCUGUAGGAAAGCAAACUGUAAUAUAGGACGUAAAAACUUGCGAAAAUUUGAGGACAAGCCUUGCAAGAUUGGCAAGAGGAAUAAAUUUCAGCUAGGAAAGACUUCACUUACAACAUUUGAUUCUGCAAUGAAGGACAUUGAUAGGAAAAAGAUGGAGAGUAAUGUCCAAUGGAAGUCAUUUUCCAACACAAUCAGACGACGCUCACCAAGCAAGUAUCUGACUUCAUCUUCAUCGAAUUCCUCCUCUUCAUCAUCCUCAUUCUCCCUCAGCUCAGGUGGCUUCCAUGAUCACUUGUUUAGGCGGACCAGCAGUGCUACUGAGAUUGAGGGCUCGAUCGAAGCUGCCAUUGCUUACUGCAAGAAGUCUCAGCAACUCUUUGAUUCAACAACCUCAUCAAUGGAGCCUGGAAUUUGCUCAUGCUCAGCCUCCAAGUUUGCAGGUGAGGACAGGCAAAAGGGACUGGCUCUUUGUAACAUUUGAAAUAGAUAAUAUUACUUUAUCAUAGAGAAGAGACAAGAAAUGUUCAGCCAUAAGAAAAUUUCUAAUAUACUGCACAUAUAUAAUCAGGCAAGUAUUUUCUAUGUGAAUGACAAACUGUUUGGGCGUGCUUAAUGAUUUCAUGCUAAUCAAAUGAAUGCUCCUUUCUUCUACUUUAAUUAUUAUAUAUAAAUCAUUGUUGACAAACUGUGUAAAUAGCAUUUGUAUGGAAGGAUAUUUGUCCUAAUAUGGUCAGGUUAGGAUUUCAAUUUUAUGAAUGCACUACCUAUUCUUAACUAAGAUUAAUAGAAUAAAUAUACAUAACUGUUGUGAAUCACAUGUUAUCAUAUCAUCCAAUUGCCUUAGACUUUUGAAAUAUCCAAACAUAUCAGAGGUCGAUAAAGAGGUAGGAAUGCUCAAAUGACCAGA